UUCGACCUUCACAAUAUGGCAGUCACGAAGUGCCGUUUCGUCACUUCCGAGCUGUUUUGCGAGCUCCCUUAUAUCCAUCCUACAGCUUCCGGUCUCCCUCCUUUUCUGCAGCGGCCGCGCACCGUGAACAUGCCUCUCGCUAAGGAUCUCCUGCACCCCACUCCUGAAGAGGAAAAGCGCCGACACAAGAAGAAGCGCUUGGUACAGAGUCCCAACUCCUACUUCAUGGAUGUGAAAUGCCCAGGUUGUUACAAGAUAACCACAGUUUUCAGCCACGCUCAGACCGUGGUACUGUGUGUGGGCUGCUCCACCGUCCUGUGCCAACCCACCGGUGGCAAGGCACGGCUCACAGAGGGAUGCUCUUUCCGGCGGAAGCAGCAUUAGACGCCCCAGACAUGGACUGGAGGAGAGAACGCUGCAUGUGGGGGUCAAGCUUGAACAUCACGAAGGAUGUCUGACACAUUUUGGAUACAAAAGCUCGUUUGGUGAAAUGUUUUUUCGUGUGGGGAGAUUAUCUUCUCCACCGAGCUUAAAACGUUUUGAGUUGGGAUUUUGUAAAGCGUUGCUGAUGUAAAACCUCACUGUUUGCAUUAAAUAUCAUUUGAAUAA